UGUACUUGCUGCCGGCCAACUCUGCCAACACAUCCGGAGAAUGUCAGGAUUUCUUUCGAACGUCCGCAGGAUGUUGUGCGUUGUCUGGGAUAUUUUCACUUAGGGACAGCUUUUCCUCCAAAUAAUUUUCCUCGGGGCCAUUUCUUCCGGGGACGACGUUUACGGGGACAGUUUUUUUUUUCUUGGGACAUUUUUGCCUACACCCGUUUUUGUCACCAUUUGAAUGCAUUCACGGAAUAAAUUAGUACUCGCCGCUCUAAAUUCGCUUUCGGAAGAGAAUAAGCUGAGCCAGCAGGAACGGAGAGAAGAACUCUCUACGUUGCCAGAGAAGCAACACAGGAAUUACGAUAUACUUCCACGUGCCUUUAGUAGACCAGAUAGACCACGUGCCUUCAGCAGAAGGCACGUGGUACAACGCGUGUCCAAUUCGACAUACGCACCACCAGCCAAUAACCGCAUUUACCCAGUUUUCGACAGGUUUCAACACUCUAAGUAUGUACCGCGUCGUACAUCGUACUGGGAGCCAUGUCGAGCAUGUCGUGCCUAAAAACCGCAUCCACGGCCUCCGAAAUUGAGCGGCGCGCACGGGUCCCGUUGGAGAUCUCGGAGGCUUACUGCCGACAGCAACAAAAGAAAGCUAGGCCAAAGCAAGCAAACAAAAAAGAACGCAUGGAUUGCAUCGCAGUGUAGCAAAACUUGUAAUACAAAAAAGAAAAAUUCACUCGAAAAAAAAAAAAUGUUGGGCCCGUCCGGGAUUUGAACCCGGGACCUCUCGCACCCAAAGCGAGAAUCAUACCCCUAGACCAACGGGCCACUAUACUCAGCCGUCGUAAAAGCUUUACCGACCGCUACAUACACCUGCGUGCCAAUUUUGCGGCAGAGAAUGUUCACGAAACACGCUGGCCAAACUGGCUGAAACAAAGGUGCGCUACAGUGCUGACUUGUUUAGUUGCUGUUCUUGCCAUUCGUGUGUUUAACACGGCACAUGCACUAACAUGCUACUGCACACAUGGUUAUGAUGGCUGCUAGAUAACCAAAUUUUUCGCUUAUUUUUCGGAUUUGGCGGUACAGCCAAUGCCAAUGUUCUGGCCAUUUACCCCGCGUUUCUCGCUCAUAGCGGAAACCGCCUGAGACACACAUAGAAAGCUUUUACGUGAAGCUUUUUACACACGCAGAAACUCGACGUGGUCUUUCCGCCAUGUGGACAUGCGAGACUAAAGUUGGCAUCACCUGCCUGGUCGUGAUUUGCGGGAGCGCGAACUCAGUGGCCUUCGCAGCGGCAAUCCUGCAGUGGGAAGAAAUGGUGGUGUCUCUCAGUUUCGGAGUCAUCUUUUUCGGGGUCAGCAUAUUCUUCUUGAUGCUGCUCUUCUCUAUCCUGGUGACCGACAACCAGAAGGGCAUGACGAUAAUGACGCACGCAUGCAAGACACGGCCCAUCCUCCUGCUGAUCUUCCUGGGCCUUUUCAACGCCGAGCUGCGUGGCUUGAUCCAGGUCAAGUACGAGAGGUCCGCCAUGGCGACGCCGGUGCCCCUCACGAUUCCUCCACCGGGCCCCGUAUUGCGACAAUCGUACAACCUGAUCACCGAGAGCUACGCUGUCGCCCAGCGUCAUGGAAAGGGAGCCGCCGGCUUGAACCGCACGAUGUUGCUUCGACAAGCGUCCGACGAGGAUGAGAACGCGGAUGAAGCCGCCAUUAAAUUGGACCCGGAUGUUAUCUUGUACCUGUCCAUCGGGCUGUUCAUCUGCAACGUCAUCAUAGACACCUUUGUCAUCAGGAGGCUCGGCCUGUACACUUCCAAGAUGGGAUCACUCCCGCUCCAAACUUCUGGAUCGCAACCGGCACAAAGUUCCGGGUCCCGUGGCCAACAAUAAAAAAAAAAAAAGGAAGUAAUGGAAACAUUGCGGCAGACACGAGCCAACUUGGGUAUCUUUUGUUGCUAUAGGGCUCGAGGGCCACCACAGGAGAGACCGGCGCUGCUAUUGACAUGACAUUGAAGUCCUGAUCGUAGAAUUAUAAAUAACGCGUUCCAUUCCCAAAAUAACAAUAUAGUUGGUCACUCUUGCAGCGCGGUUUAUUUCUCGGUGCCGCAGUGCCGGAUGUAUUUGACCGAGGCCUGUGAGAAUUCUCACGUGUGCCCCAAAACGCAGCGGCAGCGAGGUGCUUGGUCGAUAAAGUCACUGAAAGCGAAAUAUGGUGAUCGUUAGAUUCGAGCAAGUGAUGCACACAGGGCUUGUAGCGUGCUCCUUGGCAUGACAUCAGUCAGAACACACGGUGGAAGCGCGGAUUGGGGCGACGCAAAUAUAAGCGGUUGAACGUUAAGUGCCGCGUAUUAUAACAGACUAGUGAUAAAUAAUCGUAUCGCGAUAUUUCUGGCGGAAGUGGCCAGCCACCCUCGCCACGACGAAUGCUUUGAACAGUGCUGUUAUUGCGGCAAAAGUUCAUAUAGCUACUUUUAUAAAGAUCGUGGUAGCUGAAUAACUAAUAUGAAAUCAGGUCGCUCGCUUCCUAAACACCUUCGCUCUCCUAUACACACCAGACUGGUAUAUACGAGCCAGGUUGUCUUGCAGCCAAGACGCCACACGCGCAACGCUUAAAACACGCGAACAUUCGGAAUUAAACAUAGCUGAACCGCUGUGGAUGCUGAACACUUCGCAGCCGGAAUCACGUAAUGUCGCUUACUACGUCACGGAUAAAUUCCAGCAGAAGACGCGACGGUAUGUCCUGAAGUCAGUAUGUGUUCGACCCAUGCGAUGAGUUAGUGUGAUAUAUUUUAGAGCGCGCCUGGCGAGCGUCGGCGUCGUAGUAACCGAGCGGACGAGCGCAGCGAAAGAUGAAAGCGGACGCGGAGCGCAGGGGGGAGAGGGGAUAAAUGAUGCGAAGAGGCAAGCGGAGAGGAGGGUGCAGCGCCACCAGGAGGAGGAAAGCGGAGGAGGGUUUGGCGAAAAGGGUGAGGUGGAAAGCGAAGUGCCGGCACUACCAGGUUUGCGGCCAGUGCGGAAACAAAUAGCGCUGGCACGGGCUUCGGACCCACUGCACAUGCGCAUUCGGACGUGCGGCGCCGCCGCCGCUAGAGAAUGCGCACCGCGCGAGCCACGUGUUCCCGUGACGACGCUUUCUUUCUGAGCAAUGAGCGACGCAACCGGUUGAAAUGCUUCGCCUGCUGCUGCUGCUUAACGAGCCGCCCGAUCAGAGAUUCAGCGUCGCCCUGUUCCUUCAGAAUCGGAUUCUUUGCCAUAAUAUAUCGCAAAUUCAAAACACAUUAACAGCUCUGCUCGAAAUUCGCAGUAGGGAGCAUUGUAAUCGUCGGUGAAAUAACCCUUUCCUGCACAGUAAUCUGCAUUGCUUGUACUUGCGUAAAAAAUUGCGGCAUAGGAAUCCAGUGAAGCUGCUGUUUGAGCAGCUUUUUCUUCUUAUCUCAGCUCCUUUUUGACUCUAAUAUAACAUUUCUGAACGUUCAUUUUCUUUUGUAUGGAAAAUGUGUGCUAAAUAAAGAUGCUUGUCUUUGUCUA